AAGCUCCAAGCUUUCAAGGUUUCCAAAACACCUCCUGAAGCACAUUCGCGCUCAGUUCCUGAACUCUUUCCUUCACAACUUCGAGAUUCAGAGCUCUCCAAUCAUCCGAGGACCUUUAAAAUACAACACUACUGCUCUGCCAGUCGCGGCUCUGCUCACUGACCAGCAUCGACAACAUGUCUGGAGUCGAUAACGCCCCCAUUUCACCCAUCGAGCGCAAGAACUCGCUCGAAACCCAUCUCAAGCUCCGCCCAGAGCGUGCUGAGCUCGUCGAAAAAAAUAUAUUGCCUGAGUCCACAGCUGCUGCCAGUCUGCAGGAAAAGCAGAAGGAGCUUGCCAAGCAUAUGCGUGCAGACUCGCUCAAUGACAAGAUCUCUCAUCGACCGUCGCCCGAGAAGUUGAUGAAGGAGGGAGUUCUUCACGAAGAUCCGCGCUCCCCCGAUGAGAAAUACGCGGAGGCCAUCGAGGACGAGUACGCUAAGCGUGAGGGUGGCGCCUAGAUCAAGAGAGCGCGAGCCCACAUGACCUGGAUGGCUACCUGGGUAGUUGAAAUCACAGAGUACCUGCCAGAGUACCUGGGUACCACGUUGAAUGUGUCUGCUUACAUUUUGCCCGUGUGGUGCAAAUCGAGCCAUCUAGAAGAUGAGCGGUGCAUGCUUGAAGCUAUACCUGCCUAACGCUUGAUUCUUGUGGAGGGUCUCACCAAAGUCGCCACGAAUAUGGUGCAUAUGCUGCUACGCUUUGGAUUCGGUAUCAGGAAGUGGGUUUGUGCUUCAGCCGCUCCCAUGUGCAGUCUCUGCGAGAUCAUUGCCUAUUGUACAUUCCGACACUCCACAUUCUACUUCACAGGCCAGUACGAUCAUGACUGGUCUCAACUUCUAGCACUUCAAUUUCUGCUUCUGACCAUGCAAAGUGACCAUCUGUACGUACAGAGCGCUCUCCUGGUCUGCACCGUUGCUCGAAAAGACUGCCGAAUUGAACGAUGAC